CUCCCACCCCGUCCCCAGCGACUCGCCACCUCCUGCCAUGGCGUCCGGCACAGAGACCGUGCACUACAUCCACCUUCAUAACUCCAGCCAGUCGGUGCUGGAAGCCCUGCGCACGCAGCGGCGUGAGGGCCUCUUCUGCGAUGUGACCGUGCGGAUACACGAUGCCUCACUGCGCGCCCACGCCUGCGUCCUGGCAGCCGGCAGCCCUUUCUUCCAGGACAAGCUGCUGCUGGGUCACUCUGAGAUCUCAGUGCCGCCGCUGGUGCCCGCCGAAACCGUGAAGCAGCUGGUGGAUUUCAUGUACAGCGGCUCGCUGGUGGUGCUGCAGUCGCAGGCCCUCUGCAUCCUCACCGCUGCCAGCAUCCUGCAGAUCAAGACGGUCAUCGACGAGUGCACCCAGAUCAUCUCUCAGAGGAAGGCGGCGGCAGGGGCGGCGAGUGCAGCUGCGGCGGCGGCGGCAGCAGCAGCAGCAGGUGGAGGGUUGCUCGGAGGAGUUCUGCCCAAACAAGAAGAGCGUGGCGGGGGGAAAGGGCGAGAGAGCGGUGGCAGUGGAAGCUGCUCCGUCGGCGGAGGCGGCGGUGGAGGUUACGCAAACUUCUCCAACUUCAUGGCUGAAUGCGGGGCGAGCAACAUGGGCGGGGGGAUGGGGGGUGCCAGCGUUAACGUCAGCGAGAGCGGCCCGGGCCCGAUGGAGCAAGCCAACACGGUGAGUCUGAUGUCACUGGGCGACAUGGGCCCCGGCUCCAUGUGUGGCGGCGACGGCGGCCUGGGCUCCGGGGCCGGCACAAUCCUCAUGAAGCAGAGCCCCAGCUGCACUCAGGAUGUCAGGUACAAGCUCCGAGACCUGUUGGCGCAGACGGCCAACGGAGCCAGCACUAGUAGCACAGGGAACCUCUCAGCGGGCUGCAGCUCCGGUGUGGGCAGUGUGGACAGCAUCGGCAGGGACAGCCUCCGCGGCAACACAACUGACCUCUCUGAUGACCUGGUGGGGAUGGACCGAUACAGCGAGGAGGAGGACAUGGACGGGAGAGAGCGGGGAAGAGACGGAGACAGAGACAGGGGGGCGAGCCACAGCCGCAAGCAGAGGCAGCCGCUAAGACUCCAGGUGCUGGGAGGAGAAGGUGUGGUGGUGAAAGAUGAAGGGGUUCAGGACCCAGAUGGGACCGUGUACGCCAUGGAGGACGGGAGGCGGGACGGAGAGCAGGAGGGCUCCCAGGAAUCCAUGGCAGGCUUUGGACAGGAUUUCUACGAUGAGCAGGGGGUGUUUUCGGAGAGUUUCUGGCCCCAGAGUGAGUCUCCUCAAACCAUGGCUUUCAACCCCAGAGGAAGGGUCAACAAGCCUCUGACUCCGCCUCCAACCACGCAGUCCAUCAACAACCAGCUUCUCUUCCAGUACCCAGUGAGCCAGUCGCAGCCGGCUCCGUUCUACGUGGGCGGGCCCAUGGGUGGCAUCGACAGCAUGGCGGGGACGGAGCCCAGUCAACAGGCCCCGCCUCCGGCGCCCAUGACCCGCCCGCCUCCCUCCGCCUCCUCCUGCUCUGCAGGCCCCUCCCCCUCCUCCCAGGGAUCUGAGACCUCGUUCGACUGCACGCACUGUGGCAAAUCUUUACGUUCCAGGAAGAACUACAGCAAGCACAUGUUCAUCCACUCCGGUCAGAAACCUCAUCAGUGCUCCAUCUGCUGGCGCUCCUUCUCCCUGCGCGACUACCUCCUCAAACACAUGGUGGUGCACACUGGCGUCAGGGCCUUCCAGUGCUCCAUGUGCGGCAAGCGCUUCACCCAGAAAAGCUCGCUCAACGUGCACAUGCGCACCCACCGUGCCGAGCGCACCUUCCAGUGCAACGUGUGCCACCGGGCCUUCACCCACCGCACCUUGCUGGAGCGCCACGCCCUGCAGCACGCCCACCACGCCCCCCAGGGCCAAGGCCAGGGGCGUGGAGCCGACAUGACCUCACCUACCAAGCACAGCCCUCCGGCUCUGGGAGGGCCCUCAGGUAUGGCUGGCGCGGGCAUGGUUGGCAGCAUGGCCAACAUGCCCAGCCACGGAGCUUCCUCCACCUAGAGAGAGAUGGGGGAGACACGAGGGGGAGAGGGGAAGGUCAGUGAGCCCAUUCCUUCAACCGAAACUUAUUUGGUCCUA